CUAUGGACCAUGACAACAUGAGUAUUGGGGAGUAAGGCUGAGGCAGCGCUCCUAUUUCAUGAGAGAGGCGUCAGGACCACGAGAAUGAGGGUAAGGACAUAGCCUCAUUUGGUAAAGAGACGGCUCAACGUAACAAGUGUGAUAUGUGAUAAUAACGUGGGCGACUACGGCAUGCACGGCACGGCAAGGCCAGGCACCAAAUUGAAUCAAAUUUGAUUCAAAUUGUCACUAUCAUCAUCACGCGCCGCCAUCGACACCAUCGAGAUGCUUGGAUUAAUACACAUGACUCGGAAUGCCCGGUGUUGAUGAUAAGACCGAUGAAGAUGAGGCCUAUUCAUUCAUCCACGACGACUAAUCGGAUGUAAAGGAGGAGGAUCCGUGACAUUGUUCUAUCUGGCGCAGAUUCUCUGGCUAUGCUUUCUUGAUGGUCCCACCAUGGCCAACACCACGACGUCAAACUGCCCUGUACCCACUGAGAACCCCAUUAUCUUGGAUCUCACUUCGUCUUAUGGGUCUCUUCUUGUGGGAUCUUGGCUCGCCUGCGCGAUGUGGGGUGUAUCGAGUCUUCAAGUCUUUAUAUAUUAUAUGAACUCCGCGAACGUUGAUCCACGGUUUCUGAAAUUUUUGAUAGGUGCACUCUGGAUGUUCGAUACGACCAAUGAACUUCUCAUUCUGAAAGCGCAGUGGCGUGGUUUGAUACAUCAGUAUGGAAGGAUCGAGGGACUAGGGGAAACGCCAGUGGAACUUUUGCAUCACAUCUGGGUGGAGACCAUCGUCAUUGUUAUUGUACAGUUAUACUUCAUUCGGAGAAUCUAUAUUUUUUCCAAACAGACCUUUUGUUCAAAAAAGCAGAAACGCACCACCGUCGCAUUUAUGGUUAUCAUGGUUAUGCUCUCCUCUUGGCAACUGGUUGUAGUCUUCGUAUAUCUGAUAAAUGUGUACGGAAAGCCCCUGGAAGUUGUAUUUUCGCCUUUAAUAGUUGGGCUCAACUUCUCUUAUCUAAGUGUUUCAGUCGCUGUGGAUGUUGUCGUGUCCUUUAGCAUGAUAUUCCUUCUAACCCGCAUGGGAACGCCUAUUGUCCCCAAAAAGAUGCGCAUGAUAUACCGCCUCAUUAUGGUCAUUGUUCUGAGUGGUUCAUUCACAGCCGUCAUCGCUACUGUCGCUCUCAUACUUAUUAAAAUCUACCCGACUUCACUCCAUUAUUGUAUUGUGGAUUUUUCGCUCUGCUCCCUCUAUUUCAGUACUCUAUUGGCAAAUUUGAAUGCGAGGGCGUACAUCCAGUCACCUGAAGGAAUAAACACGAUAUCCGCAUUCAGCGCAGCCCACCGUGGCAGGGACAGUGACGCUCUCGCUCUGGGCUCGUUGACUCACCCCCACAAUGGAGUGAGCGGUAUUGCAGCAACUACAGCCGGAGGAAGUCAGAUACAGCGUGAAAGGGAUAUUAAGACGGACGAUCUGGAAGUGUUUCCACCUUUGAAAGAUCAAUGCGCGAUGAAUAAUGCUUAAUAAUCUCUCAUCUAAAGCAACGACGGUACCACACGAAUUGCACAAAAAAGGAUAAAUUUAUGGCGGGGAUGUGAUUGUAGAUCCUCAGGUAGAUCGAUUGUUACUAUGUCUUAUUUAUAUA